AUGGCGAUGCGAGCUCCACCGCUGCUGUUCCCGGCUGCCGCCAAGCACACAGCUACCGUCAUCUUCCUCCACGGAUUGGGCGACACCGGGUACGGAUGGGCGUCGGCUGUAGAGAACUGGAGACGGCGUCAGAGAUUGGAUGAGGUCAAAUUCAUCCUGCCCCAUGCCCCGCGUAUCUCGGUUACGGCUGCGGGCGGAAUGCCUAUGCCUGGGUGGUACGAUAUCUUUGCUCUGAGCGGCAAAAUAGAGGAUAUCAGAAGAAAUCAAGAUGAGCGGGGUAUCCUACAGAGUAGAGAGUACUUGAACGGGUUGAUCCAAGAAGAAAUCGACUCUGGGAUACCCUCGAACCGCAUCGUACUUGGCGGCUUCUCGCAAGGUGCGGCCAUGUCUCUCUUUACCGGCUUGACGGCCAAGGUCAAGUUCGCCGGCAUUGUCGCCCUUUCGGGCUACUUACCCUUGGAUACAAAGCUUGAGGAGCUUCUCCAGGAGAAUGAUCACAACCGCGAGACGCCAAUUUUAAUGUGUCACGGCGACGAGGAUGAGGUCGUACCGACGCAGUUAGGCAAAAUGUCUUACGAGUUGUUGAAGAACCAUGGUUUCGACGCUACGAUGAAGAUAUAUCCGGGUCUACCUCAUUCGGCCUGUAUAGAGGAACUUGAUGAGGUUGAAUCAUUCUUGAGAGCUCGUCUUCCACCUCAGGACGGCAAGAAGACUGAGCUACAAAAUUAA